AUGGUCGGGCCUGAGCUGGCGCUUUGUUCGUCGCCAUCCUUUCCUCCCCUCCUCCUUCCCCUCCCCAUUUUCGCACCAUGGGUCUUCGCAGUUGCACGAUUGGACUACGGAGCAGGAUUUUCACGCUCUUCCCAACUCCACUUGACGUUCGCAAAGAGCAGCUUGCCUCCAUCCAACUCUACUCCCAACUUGCUCGUGAUUUUCUCCCUCGUUGCAUCCGAUGCAGGGUUUGCAGGCACCCAUGGGCUCAUGUUCAGCCACGCCAGCCUGACUGUGACCGAGCCGUUGCUCUUAUGCUAUCCGCCUGCAAGAGUAACCCGGCAAGCCGCGUUCAGCAAGCUCACAACCAGCAUCGAGAUCGCCACCUGUAAACACGUGUUCGACCACGGCCAAUUCAGGCUCUCGACACUCGUAGCGCCCUCUUUCCCCCGGUCUCCUUGCGCCGCCCAUUGA